AACAACAAAACAGCGAGCGACUUCUAUUAGCCGAGUUAGCUCCUCGGUAUAAACAAUAGCUAAGCUCCCUGGCCGUUUUGUUACACCAUCCCGUGUGUGAUAUUAGCACAAUUAGACCUAUUUUAAAACGACAAUGCUGUUCACGUUCACCAUGGCUGUCAAUAACCCGAGGCUAACCGCGAAGUCGAGCUAGCGUUAUUAGCUCUAUGUAUGCCAAAGUAACGCGGCUUAGCUAGCUCGCUAGCGCGGUUGCUAGCUCGUUAGCUUAGCCAACUCGCCUUAGGUAAGGUGGACACUCAAGUGCGGGAGAUGUGGCUAAAGUAAGGGUGGCCUCGGGAGACUAAAUGAACAAGUGGCAAGACCAGCGGUCGAUUCAACAUGAAGUUGUAUGUGUUCCAGGUUAACAAUGGCAGCACACUGACAUUUGACACCGAUCUCGCUGUCCAAACUGUCCUGGAGCUUAAACAUGCCAUCCAGGCUAAAUAUAAGAUUGCAAUUCAACAUCAAAUCCUUGUUGUCAAUGGAGGGGAAUGUAUGGCUGCGGAGAGGCGUGUCUGCAGCUACAGUGCGGGCACUGAAACAAACCCCAUAUUCCUGUUCAACAAGGAGAUGAUCUUGUCUGACCGGGAUCCAACAAUCCCCAAAACCACCUUCUCCAUUGAGAGUGAGAUUCAGGUGAAGGUGGAAGAGUCGCUACUGAUGCCAGCCGUCUUUCACACCGUUGCCUCUCGAACACAACUUGCUCUGGAAAUGUAUGAAGUUGCCAAUAAGCUUAGUUCGUUCUGUGAACGCUUGGUUCAUGAUGAACACCUCCAGCACCAAGGAUGGGCCGCCAUCAUGGCCAACCUGGACGACUGCACGCUGUCUUAUCAGAAGCUACUGUUAAAAUUUGACACUGCGUACUCGACAUAUCAGCACGACCUGGAGGAAAUUAAGUUUAAACUCACAAAACUUGGGACAGCAGUCUCUGUGAUGGCCAGGAUCCCUCUGCUGGAAUGUUUGACGAGACAAAGUCACAGAGAGCAGAUGAAGAAAUCCGCCUCCACAACGGAGAAAGAUUCCGACGAGACGGAAGAAGAAAAAUCCACCGACUCUGUGCUAUGUGCCCCCGCUUCACAGCAGGGCCACAAAGUACCAGGUUCUGCAGAGACGUCCAAGUGCGAAGGUGCUGGUGAACGGGACACGUGUCAAAUGGCGCACAGCGGAGGGCUUAGGGCCGCGCUGCUGGAUGAAGACAUCCCCACGCUCGGCCAUGUGCCCCAAUUCAAUGUCACGCUCUUGGACUGGAUCAAUGUGCAGGAUCGACCUAAUGAUGUAGAGUCUGUUGUAAGGAAAUGCUUUGAGUCCAUCAACAGGCUUGACCCACGGAUCAUUCAACCCUUCCUGGCAGACUGUCGCGACACCAUCGCCAAGCUGGAUAAUCAAAACAUGAAAGCCAUCAAGGGGCUGGAGGACCGGCUGUACGCUCUCGACCAGAUGAUCGCAAGCUGCAAGAAGUUGGUCAAUGAACAAAAAGAACUUGCUCAGGGAUUUUUAGCCAAUCAGAAGCGGGCUGAAAACCUGAAGGACACAUCUGUUCUGCCCGACCUGUGUCUGAGUCACACCAACCAGCUGAUGAUCAUGUUGAACAACCACAGGAAGCUGCUGGACAUCAAAAAGAAGUGCACCACUGCCAAACAGGAGCUUGCAAACAACCUACAAGUCCGACUCAAAUGGUGCUGCUAUGUGAUGCUCCAUGCAGACCAGGAUGGUGAGAAGCUUCAAGCUCUCCUCCGACUCCUCACCGAGCUCGUGGAAAGGGUGCGUGUGGUGGAAGCCCUCAGUACAGUCCCCCAGAUGUACUGCUUGGCGGUGGUGGAAGUCGUCCGUAGGAAAAUGUUCGUACGACACUAUAGAGAGUGGGCUUAUGCACUUGUGAAAGAUGGCAAACAACUGUACGAGGCGGAGAAGUUCAAAAGGGAGACGUUCGGGAAACUCUUCAGAAAGUCCUUCCUCCGAAAUCGCUUGUUUCGAGGGCUUGAUGCGUGGCCUCCGACAUCAUUUUGUACACGGAAACCUCGAAGAUUUGAUGAUGAACUUCCAGACAUCUCCCUUGAUGACUUGCAAUACUUGAAGUCGUGUUGUCCUGCGGAGGUGCAGCCUUUCCUCAUGGUGCCGACGAUGUGUGACUUUGAGCCCUUGAAUCGGCACGUGGAGAAGCUCCAUCAGCUGGUCCAAGCUGCACAGAGUUUGGACGAGAUGUCUCAAACUAUCACUAACCUGCUGAGUGAACAAAGGGUAUCAUGUAGCCAGAGCUCGCACAGGUCAAACGUGUUGACGCCGAGGUCUGCAGAGACCCCACCUGGGCUGGCCGCAACCUCCAAAGCUCCCGCCUCUCUCAGCCUUCAAGGAGCCAGCUCUCGUCCGCUACACGUUCCCGCCCCUUUAGAAGACCUUUCUCCGGACAGCAUUGACGCGCAGACGUUUGACUUUGAAACCAUCGGCCAUCCCAACAUGGAUCCCGUCCUGCAACCUGGCUCCCUGGACCUGGAUUCCCUGGCGGAGAGCCCAGAGUCCGACUUCAUGUCCGCCGUCAAUGUAUUUGUGAUAGAGGAUAACCUAACCUCCCCGAACCCCAUCAGUGACCCGACCAGCCCCGAAAUGAUGGUGGAAUCUUUGUACUCGUCCGUCAUCAACGCCAUCGACAACAAGCGCAUGCAGGACACCACAACGCUGGAGAGGGAGAAGACCAGAAUUGCCGUGCUCCAUCAAGCGAUGGACAACUAUCGAUUGGCUGCGGAGGAGUCCCACUCCAACUUGAGGUGUUUAAAGGACGACUUGUGUCGCUUGCGAAGUCAGGUCUUGAAAGAACAAAACGACUUUGGCUUUUCCCUGAGGAGUGUAAGCACAGAGGUUCGCGACAUGGUGGACAACAUCUGCCAGGCGCUUGAACUGGAGCUUAAAGAGCAGCACCAGAGCGAGCUAGUCGCUGUUCAGCAAGCGUAUGAGAAGCAGGUUCGCGUGCUAACAGAGGACAACCAAGUCAACCAGAGCAUCGUGCGAGAUGUGCAGCGAGCCAUGCUGGAGCUUGAGGGGCUGAUGGAGCGCAAAGAAAAAGAACUCACCCACCUGGAGGGUGACAAGGUGCUUUGGCUCGAAAUGGAGAGCAGCCUGAGAGAGAAGAUCAAGAAGUCGGAGGAGCUGAUGAGCGAUCGAGCUGCGGAGCACGAGAAGCUCUUGGCUUGCAGAGACUCUCUGAAAAGUCAGCUGGAGAAUUUGCAUUUCGAGAUCGAACGUGGCCAGCAGAAGAUCAGGCAGGAGCUGGAGGCUGAGGCGCAGUUGCAGUUGAAGGAGCUUGAGGAUAGAAUGAAGGUGGAACAUACAGCAGAAGUGGGUAACCUCAAAGGGGAUCAUCAGGAGGCUUUGGAACACAUUGCUGUUGACAACAUGGCUAAGCUAAAGGAGAUAAGAGAACACCAUAACACUGCUCUGAAAGAGAAAGACCUUCAAAUAAAAGACCUGGAGGUUCGCUUUGCCGAUCUUGCAGAACUGCGUUGCAAAGUGGAGAUGGAGUUGGCUCUCAAAGAAACAGAAUUAGAUGAGGCGAGGGUCCUCCUGGAGGAGACAAAGAUGCAGCAGGCCGAGGCAGUGAGCUCCCAGGUAGCAGCGGAGACGCAAGUACUCAAAGAAGAGCUUGCAAAGACCAAAGAAGAGUUACAGGUGAAAAAUGAGGAGUACGAGAUGGACAGAGCCGAGCUGAAGAGCCUCUUGAAGAUUGAGAAGGACCACUGCAUAUCGGAGCUGGUGGACAGACAUGAGAAGGAGAUGGCGCUUUUGCAAAGCGAGCUAUCCUCCCUGCAGCAGCAGGCCCAGGAUGAUGACAGGAGCCAAGCCGAGCAGCUACAGAGCCUCAAACGAGAGUUGGACCAGCAGGUGUCUUCUCUAAAUGAAGAAAAGGAGCUGCAGUUGAGGAAUUUUCAAGAACUGGAGCAAGAGUUGAGGACUAUGAGCAGUAAUCUGCAGGCAGAAAACAAACUUUUAAGUAAAAGACUAGAGGAGGAAGGCUCAGAUGAGGCUUUGAAGAUGUUGCAGCUGAAAAAUAAGGAGAUGGAAAACAGACUAUCUGACAGGAUUCGACAACUUGAAAAUGAGCUUCGAGAAAGGCCGUUAUCGGGUGAGACAGCGCUACCAGUGUGCACCGAGAGCCCCACAGAUACACCUCUCUCUCUGGACUCGGCUUCCCUGCAGACACAGCUGGAGCUCCUGGAGAGGAGGAAGAAUGAGGAGAUCCAGAACCUCAAGACCUCCUUGAUAGCAGAACAACAGACAAACUUCAACACUGUUGUGACGCGUGAAAGGCUGAAGAAGGAGCAGAUCAUCAGUGAGCUCACAGAGAAGCUGCAGAAUGUCACUCAACAGCAGGAAAAGGACAAAGCUUUGAUAGAGACUCUCUCUGAGGACCGAGCCAGCGUGAUGCAGGAGAAGAAGCACCUGGAAGAGGAGCUGAACCGCCUGCGUAGCACCACUCCAGUUUCCUCGGCCAUCUUCACCACCCACUCGUCGGCGCACGAGGUCACCGGAGCGUGUUCCUCCGAGCUCCUGGCCGAUACCGACAGACUGACCUCUGUGGCCACCUUGACGGACGAUGAGCAUGUCGACUCUGCAGUGGAGGCCAGCAUGGUGACAGUCCAUGAUAACAUCUUCAUGUCAGAGGAAAAGCAGAGGAUACUCUUACUUGAGAGGACGUUACACAUGAAGGAGGAAGAGAACAAGCGCCUCAGUCAAAGACUGAUGUCUCAAAGCAUGUCUUCAGUGUCCUCGCGGCAUUCUGACAAAAUCGCCAUUAGAGAUUUUCAGGUAGGCGAUUUGGUUCUCAUCAUCCUGGAUGAAAGACACGACAACUACGUGCUGUUCACCGUUGGCCCCACGCUCUACUUCCUGCACUCUGAGUCGCUCACUGCGCUCGACCUCAAACCGGCCUCGGGGACGUCAAGGCGGCCGUGGGUGCUCGGAAAAGUGAUGGAGAAGGAGUAUUGCCAGGCUAAAAAGGCCCAGAACAGAUUCAAGGUUCCUCUAGGAACCAAAUUCUACAGAGUCAAAGCUGUUCCGUGGAACAGAAGAGUUUAAUAACCAGGUCAUAUAAAAUGUAGAAAUUAUCUACCCCCCCCCCCUCCCCCCAAGACAUAGCAUUUCACUUGAAAGAAGAAGAAGAAAAAAAAAAUGUCGCCAUCAUGCAAUUUUUAAGUUGAAAACAUUCACCUGCUACCACUUUUUGUUUUCUUUUCAAGCUAAAUUUGGUUUUGUGGACCAAAUGCUAUUAACAUGAUUAAUUACGGCGUUGCCCUAUACACUAUGGCAUUAAGCCGUGUGACCUGUGUGUAAAAACAGAACAAAAUGUAUACAGCAUUAGUUUUCAGCAUUAUCAGCAUUUGUCCUUUUGUGGAAAAUACUGUUGUCAUUAUUAAACGAAUUAAAUGAAGACAAAAAAAUAUAUACACUACAUUUAUGUUUAUGGAGGAAUGUUCAUGGCAUGCAUAUUGAUACUUUUUUUUUUUUUGAUUUGACCUAUCUAAAUAAGUGUCGUAAUGGGAAAAUGUAGUUGUUCCUCACAGCAAAGCAGUCAGGCCCUCUUGUGAAUACUGUCAUAUACAUUAUUAUUAUUAUUAUUAUGCCUGAGUGGGGGACAAACGAGUCACCUUUGCAAUCCUGAAAAUGCACUUUGAAAAACAAGGAGAAAAAAAAACAAACAAACAAAAGAUGCUUUUUGGGAAACAACUGAGCUUUAGUGAUGAUUAUUGUCAAUAAUCAUGCACAAACUUUCCGGUAGAAAAUGGAGAAAGGAACUCUGUGUGACCGUGUUUCAUGAUGAGAGAACAUUGUACAUUGCCCAUCAGAUCUCACGUGUAAUAAGAAAAUGACUGUAUUGCAAAAGAAUUUUUGAAACAAUAAAGGAUGGAUCCCAAAUACA